UUUAUUUGAAUGAUUAUUGAAAUCAAGUCUGCUAUAUAUUUUUAAUUAAUGUACCAGUUAUUUCUAAAAUAUUAAAAGUUUUUCCCAAAUUUAUAAAGUUUGGUUUUCACAAAAAAUAACAAACUUAUACUAGAAAUAUAAAAAUGAAUAUCUAUACAUUAUUUGUAUUUUUUAUUAUUUGUAUUUUAUCUGCAAUAUCAAAACCAACGACUAAUGCGAAAAAUUAUGAAAAUUCAUGUUUGGUGGACGAGAAUUCUAUUCUAGAUUUUUUUAACAAUUCAGAUGUUAUAAAAGAGUUACGUGAAACAAAUGUCGGAAAUAAUAGUUUUAAGGUUGACUCUAUAUUAAAAUGUGAAAAAUUUUUUCAUCGUGAUAAUAAACUAGAAGAUUUUCUUUGGAGAUAUAUUGGUAAGGUUGAUACGGUUAGUAUCAAAGAAAUACAGGAAACUGUAGUUCCCAAAAUCCAAAAAGUUGAGAAAGCUAUCGAAAAAUUCAAACCAAGCCCUGAAAGUUAUGGUUCGAUGAAUAAAAACCAAGCAAUUAAAAUGAUAGAAGAAUAUGGUGAUAAAUUUGUUAGUCUUGAAAUGGUUAAAAUGUUGAUACUCAACAGUUUUGAUCGAACUCUAUGAAUAUCUUUGUAUGCAUGCAUUAAAAUUCAAGUUGUUUUUAUUUUUUUAUUUUAGAAUAAUAUGUUUAUUUCUUUAUAAGAGACAUUGAUAAUAAUCUAAUAUACAUAGUAUUCUAAUAUAUUUUGUUUUCUUAUAAUAAUAUUUGAAAAAGUGUUGAUUAAAAAAUUUAUUUUUACACACUUCAUUUGAACUCUAAUAAAAAUGUAUUGAAAAAUGAUUUUACCAUAA